AUGCACGUUGGACAGGUUAAAGCUGGACUACGUGCUUCUGGACGAAGAUUGGCACAGUGCUCCUCCGUUGUAAUCAAAACGAAGAAAAGAUUUCCUAUGCAAAUUGAUGGAGAGCCGUGGAUGCAGCCACCUUGUACUUGUGACGGCCAAUCUUUGGACCUGGCUACUGGACCUUCUCUACAAGGUAUCGCAUUUUUGAACAUUCCAAGUAUAUACGGAGGGUCUAAUCUAUGGGGAGAUAAUUCAGGACAGAAGAAACGUACUCAUGUUCAAUGGAAAAAGAAGAAGGAUCGAGGAGGAUCCGCUUAUAGUUUCCAAUCAGUAGAUUUGAGCACAGCUGUUCAGGAUAUAGGGGAUACGUUAAUAGAGGUAAUAGGGCUAGAGAAUUGCAUGCACGUUGGACAGGUUAAAGCUGGACUACGUGCUUCUGGACGAAGAUUGGCACAGUGCUCCUCCGUUGUAAUCAAAACGAAGAAAAGAUUUCCUAUGCAAAUUGAUGGAGAGCCGUGGAUGCAGCCACCUUGUACUAUCCGCAUCAUUCAUAAAAAUCAAAUGCCCAUGUUAAUAGCUCCAGUAACUCCGAAGACCAAAUUUCCUUUUUCAUUAUUUAAAAAGUCGAAAUAACCGAGGUAAAUUUUAUUUAUUUUAAAGAAAUUAUAAUUAAUUAUAUCGGGGCCUUACGUUUAGGCCUUGUAACAGUAGCGAUUACUCAGGCCUUUUGUCCCUGCUCUCGCAUCUACGAAGGGCCUUCUAGUGGCCGAAUUGAUAAAAUUAUUGAAAA